AUGGGCGAUACGUCACCCACUCCUCAUGCUCUUCUUGUGGAGGCGCUGAUAUUUUGGAACAUUGGGCUUGUCCUUUAUGGUGGUCGAAUGAUCUCGCGCAUGAUUGCGAAUGGGGGAAUUAAGCGGUUAUUCUGGGACGAUUAUGUUAUGUCCGCAACAUUUUGCAUAUACACGGCCAUGCUAGUAUUGAUCCAAAUAUCUUCGCGUUAUGCAACAAAUCUUAUGGACCCGAAGGACUACAAGGAAGUUCUCGCUGAUCCGAAGCAAGUCAGCGACAGAAUCUAUGGCAGUCAAAUCGUCAUCGGUCUCGAACAAUGCAUGCUUUUCUCGACUUGGGGUGUGAAGACAUGCAUGUUGAUACUCUAUUGGAGAAUUACGUUGAAUUUGCGCUCCAACCUUUACAUCAAGAUACUCGCUGCAUACGUGGUUUUGGGAUUUGUCGUUAUCAUGGUCACCUACUACGCUGUCUAUUGUCGACCAUUUCAACAGUACUGGGCGAUGCCGGUGGACAAUAUGCAGUGCGCCACGUACCAGCAUUACUCCAUUACGCAAGCAGUGUUCAACAUCUCCUCGGACGCAGUUCUUUUUGCGAUCCCGAUUCCACUUAUUAUCAAGGCUCAGCUCAAGCGUACGCGCAAGUUUCUACUCAUCGGAGUCAUGAGCCUGGGUCUAUUCACCAUCAUCGCCGCGAUCCUCAACAAAUACUUCAAUUUCGCCUCCCCCCUCACAACAACAUACCAAAUUUGGUACAUCCGGGAAGCCAGUACCGCUAUAUAUGUCGCCAAUCUGAUGUGCUGGUGGCCCCUCCUUCGCAAACUACUUGGACUCAAAGCAUUUUCCUACAACAGCAAAAACCGAGGCAGACCGGGACAAGGUGCCGACCAAAACAAAGAUUCUGGGAACUCCCAAGGCUCACGAUCACGACCAUCCUUCUCGCUCCCAUGCAAAAUGAGUUUCAUGCGACCGAAUUUCUACAAAAAUGGCAACCACCCUCCUCUGCCAAAGAACGGAGACGCACACCGAUCGAGUCAAGAAGCGAUUACUCAAGCUUCAAGCGAUUUUAUGGACGAAACUAAUCGGACAGACUCCUAUCCACUUGACGCGUGGGAAAGGAAAGGCAGCCAUGGAGACAUUGAGAAUCCUAGGCCUCCUACUCGAGAUUCAAUUGCGGCAUAUGAGAACGCAAACCCGAACGGUCCCAAGCCCAGAAUGAGACUCGAUGUCUAA